UGCUGCCUCCGUUGUUGUAAACGAAACGUUAUUCCUUGUGAUGUCAGCAGGCGGGCUGUUGCGCACGCGCAGUGCGCUCCGGCUCGGGCAGGGCGCGGAUCGCGCGCGGUGAAUGAAGAGGAGGGCAGCGGAGCGGCGGCCUGCUGUUUCUAUGGUGAAGAUGGCGGCGCCUGUGCUGAGCGGCCGGAGCGGAUCAGCUAGCAGCAGCAGCAGCCCGACCGCUGCGGCCAACAACACCAUCAACAACCGGCUCGUCUGCGCCCCGGAGCUCGAUUUCAGGUCCGGAAGCAGGAUGGACGAACUGAACCGACUCAUCCAGGAAUUCAGCAAACACGAUCAGCGCGAGUACGACGACCAGCGCGCGCUGGAGAUCCACACGGCCAAGGACUUCAUCUUCUCCAUGCUCGGCAUGGUGCAGAAGCUUGACCAGAAGUUGCCGGUGGCUAACGAGUACCUGCUGUUGUCCGGUGGAGUUCGCGAUGGCGUAGUGGACAUGGAUUUGGAUAAACUGGGAGUGUAUAACCGUGGUUCAGACUAUGACAUGGCUUUCACGUUGCUAGUCCCUGCGCUGAAGCUGCAUGACCGCAACCAACCCGUCACGCUGGACAUGCGCCACUCGGCUCUGGGUCACUCCUGGCUCAGCCUGCGGUUGUUUGAUGAAGGCACCAUUACGCGCUGGAGGGACUGCUGCAUGAUGGCGGACCACAUAAAUGGCACCACUAACUACUUCUUCUCACCCACCCUGGUGGCUGACUGGUUCCAGGAAGCAGUGGCGCUGGUGCUGGCCGAGGUGCAGCGUAAGCCGCAGCGAGGAAUGCCGAGGGUGGAACGGGUGGAGCGCCACAACACGCUACUCUCAAUGAUCCUGGGAGUAGGCAGCAGCCGUAUGCUGUACGACAUUGUACCCGUGGUGUCGUUCAAAGGUUGGCCAGCGGUUGCUCAAAGCUGGCUGAUGGAGAACCACUUCUGGGAUGGGAAGAUCACAGAGGAGGAGGUGAUAAGUGGUUUCUACUUGCUUCCUGCUUGCUCAGUUUCCGGUCGAAGGGAAAAUGAAUGGCGGCUAUCCUUCGCCCGAAGUGAGGUUCAGCUGAAGAAGUGCAUCUCGCCAGGCCUCAUGCAAGCAUACCAAGCCUGCAAGGCCAUUAUUGUCAAGAUUCUCGCCCAACCUAUGGCUGUCGGGCCAUACCACUUGCGCAGCAUAAUGCUCUGGGCUUGUGAUCGCUUGCCAGCAAACUAUUUGGCACAAGAAGACUUUGCUGCUCACUUUUUGCUGGGUCUCAUCGAUGACCUUCAGCACUGCCUUGUCAACAAGAGCUGCCCUAAUUAUUUCAUCCCACAGUGCAACAUGUUGGAGCACCUGUGCGACGAGACGGCGAUGUUUCACGCCCGCAAACUGGCACUGGUUCGCUCCGACCCGGCCGAACACCUCCGCACUACCAUCGAGCAAGCAAAGAGUGCUAACCGCUUGACGCAAGAAAUGCAAAGGCGUGGAAGUUCCUCCGGCUUGCCUUCCCCGCAAACCGAUGCCUCUUCUUCCGAUCACCAACAACCUGAUGACCGGCUAGCCAAGAAACUCCAGCAGCUGGUCACAGAGAACCCAGGCAAGUCCAUCUCAGUGUUCAUCAACCCGGAUGAUGUCUCACGACCGCACUUCCGCAUCGACGAUAAGUUCUUCUAAGAACCAGGGCACUCUUCCACGCGGUCAGUGGAAGGAAAAGAAAUCAUUACACACAGAGAUCCGAUGUCCGGUGUGGUGUGGUGUGGUGUCGUGUGGUGUUGGAGAAUGUUCUCUGGGAGACUGAAAGCGGGGUCAAAGCAACAUCCUAAAGCCUUCUGGAAGUAGAGAACUCUUAGUAAUUUUUUUUCUGAGGUGCGCUUGGACAUUUAAAUGUGCUGUGCACAGCCUAAUGCAUUGUAUAUGAAAAUUUUUUUUGUUUUGCCAUGUUCAGGCGAGAAUUUUGCUGCAGCAUCUGGAAAUACUGUAAACAUCACCCACGAUAAAGGAACACUGAAGACGUCUAGAGACUAAUGAAUAAUCAGUCAGUUUCCUGUUUUCCCUAGCUAGUCCUUCAUAUGCUUUCUAUCACGUUUGAUCUUUUUGCGUUUCUUUUAUGGACAAACACUGUACAAAAAAUGUUUCGAAAAUGAUGGUAUGUUAAAAAAAAAAAGGCCAAUUUUUUAUAUACAUAUCUGGCUGAUGGAGAACACUCAAAAUACAACUUUAAGUGCAAUUAAUGAAAAGUACAAUUACAGCAAGAGGCUUUUAUAACAAGCUGUAUGUUUCCAGUCCGAAGAAUGCAACUUUAAUAUCUGUCUGCUGUGUAAGAUUCCAAAGCAACGCUGCUAUCAAAAAUGUCUGAAAAAUUUCAUUUUUAAAAUCAUUUCACUUUUUAAAAAGAAUCGCUGCCAACAACUUCGACUAGCCAUCGCAAUCGAUCCGAGCAUUCAUAUCAUAAAGAAACGUAUCGUUCAUCCGAAAGACAUGACAUUCAAACGAUCAAUCGAGAGACAUGCUAGUCAGUAUUGAAUCGCUUGUAAAGAAGAAAAAAAUGGAUUGUACAUGAAUGUUUUUUGAUGUUGUGAACACAAUAUGUCUUUUAAUUUUGCACUAAAGUGACUAGAACCUUCAUGUUGCAUCCAGCAGCGGCUCAUGGCUCGUAGAUGUCGUUAAUAAUGAUAUAUAGCCUUCAACAAAAUGAAGUCGAGGGGCCAUCACGCUUGAUUUGCUAUGCUAGACUAUAGGCUAAUGGAUUUUAAAAGAAAGUUGAUUACAGGAAGUUUAGAGUCUACAGAGUCAUCCAGAAUACAGUCUAAUAGUUUGUUCUGUUAUGUUUCUUUGAUAUAGCAUGCAUUUUUCCAGUUAACAGUGCAAUGCAGCAAUGUGAGAGAUUCCCGGGUUGCCAGGUUUCAGCAAACUGCAUUUUUAAAACACACAAAACACUAAAAAAAAUCAUGCACUGGAAAAAAAAUGUGACAGAAAACAACGUUUUUCCUUAUUAUUCUCAGCGUUUGCAUGGAAAGCAAGGCCGAUGUGAUUGAACAUUCAUUUUUGGCAUACAAAAACAUUUCUCAAAUUCAAAACCCCCCUUUUUGUUCGUUCUAUUUUUUUCAAUACACCGGGCUACACUUGAAACGUGCUGUUCGUCAUAAACUCUGACACACUUAGAGAUUUCCUUUGUUUGUGGAAAUAAAUCACGAUCUUUGUAGCAGUGGAGUAUUUCUAAACAAACCUGGCAACCCUGUCAUUUUUUUCCUGUCUAGCACUCGUUGCAGUUCCCAUUUUGGCCACUAGGCGCUCUGGCGCUAAUAACUCUGUGGAGCCUAAUUGAGCAGUGAGGACUGAACUACACAGUAAUUAACAGAAAAUCUUCCAAGUAGUGACACUCGUAACAUAAUUAGUCAAUUAAAAUAACUGAUUAGUAUUUCAGGGAAUUUACGGAUGAGCCGCUACUGCUUGCAACGUUCGAAUUAUAGCUAAUGAAGGAAAGCAGCCCUUAUACUAUUGUAACAACAACAACAGCAGGAUUUUCCAUGUAGCCUUUUCACCACCUUUUCAUGUUUCCCCUUUAAUAUUUAUCUGUAAAAAUCUGUAUAAACCAUUAGAGCUAGAAUUCACUCAGACAUGAUUAUGGGACCAAGCAUCUUGACACCGACGUCGUUACCUCUUUUACGAUUCGUUCGUAAUCAUUCUCUGAUGAACGCUUCACUUCCCGAUCGGUUAUUUAUGAAUUUUUCCCGACGCUGUCGCUCACGUGCUUGCUGUCGAACACUGUACUAGAACAUGUUGGUUUGGAGGAGUCACGGAUUUUUGCGUAGGAUUUCAGUGUGUGCAGAUAUGGAAAGGUAAUAAACUUGCUUACUGGGGCAUAUAAUAAUGCAAGUGCU